UGCUAAAUAAAACUGAACUCUUGGAAUGGCAUGGCACUUGACCUUUCCCGGUUUCACCAGCAGUAUUUAAACUGGUGCAAAGGCAAUGCUCUUGCAAGUGUCUUCUGUUGACAUGACAGAUUCUCUUGCUGGUUCACACCAUGUUCAGGAGGCACAAGUCCCUGGCUUCGGAUCGCAGGAGAGAAGUAUUUUCUCGAGGGGCUGCACGGUCCAUGUUGAAGAAUGACUUGAGAAACUUUCAGUGUUUGUCUCAACUUGUGCUCUCAGCGGGCCCUCUGAAAGCAAUUCCAGUAGUUAAACAUUCAAAAACUGUGCACUUUGAGAUUGAAAUACUUGAUGCUCACACCAGAAAGCAGAUAUGCAUUGUGGAUAAGGUGGUGCAAACAUCUACUAUUCAUGAUGUUAAACAAAAAUUCCAUAAAGCAUGUCCAAACUGGUAUCCUUCCCGAGUUGGCCUGCAGCUAGAACAAGGUGGGCCUUUUUUGAAGGACUACAUAACCGUUCAAAGCAUUGCAGCUUCCUCCAUUGUCACUCUCUAUUUUACAGACCUGGGUCGACAAGUCAGUUGGAUUACAAUAUUUUUGGCUGAAUAUACAGGACCUCUGCUGAUUUAUCUCCUCUUUUAUUUGAGGAUCCCAUACAUAUAUGACAUGAAAGAGAGUUCUAGAAGAUUACGCCACCCAGUGGUACACUUGGCUUGCUUCUGUCAUUGUAUACACUAUAUCCGAUAUCUUUUGGAAACCUUAUUUGUUCAUAAAGUUUCUGCAGGACAUACACCUUUGAAAAAUUUGAUAAAGGGCUGUGCCUUUUAUUGGGGAUUUACUUCUUGGAUUGCAUACUAUAUUAAUCAUCCACGGUAUACACCACCAUCAUUUGGUAACCGCCAAGUCACAGUAUCUGCUAUCAAUUUUUUGAUUUGUGAAGCUGGAAAUCAUUUCAUCAAUGUGAUCUUGGCUCAUCCCAAUCAUACAGGAAUUAAUGCCUGUUUUCCAAGUCCAAAUUAUAACCCCUUCACAUGGAUGUUUUUCCUGGUUUCAUGUCCUAACUACACCUAUGAGAUUGGAUCAUGGAUUAGUUUCACAGUCAUGACACAAACACUGCCAGGUACUAGAGAAUAUCUUUCAGAACAGGGACUGUCUGAUUUUCACCUCGCUCUAAACUCUAAACUCUAGCACAACGUAUGGAGUGGUUACUCAAGAAAUGUUUGACUAAUAGGCUUUGUUCUCCAUGUUCUCAAAUGUGAAUUUCAACCUUCUGUUCCUUUGUUUGUCAAUAUCAGAAGUAAAUAACCUCUAAAACUUACCUGCAGUAAGUCUGGCUCUAGCUAUUUACAAAUAUUGAUUCUUUAAACAAUUCUGUGAGAAGAGAUAAAAAGGCACAGACUUUAAAAGAAAGUAAUAAAAAUGACUAUUUAAAGACAAAAUUAAAUUAGCUAAGUAAAGGUAGAUUUCUCAUAUAUAACAAAAAAAUAAUAAUGCCUCUUCAACUGGAAUAAUAUGAUAUAGAAGAAUGUAGCUUUUAGUUAUUGUUUCAGUAUGCUUGCUUCAUGUGAUUUGCUGAUAUAUUUCAAGUCACUUGUUAAAGGUUGUUAAUAACAAUUCAAUUUUAACUCAGGAUGACUUUUUACACCCCUACUGAUAUUCUUAUGAUGCAGCAUUAUGUAUCUAGUACCAUCAUUGAAUUAUUAUCUUUUUAAAAAUAUUAUUUGAAAUUUGGUAGAUUCAAAAUAAUUAAAUACUUAGGUAAAUCACAAAUAAGCAAACAUAAAUAUAUAAUUUUUAACAUUAUUUUCUUACUGCUUAAAGCCUAAAACCAAUUGUAGGCUCUAGUUUCCUUUGUAUACACAUCAAAGGUAAUUGCCAUAGGAUGCAAAACAUGUAAUAACAGAAUAAAUAAUUCUGACAAAGAACUAUUCAAAUAAAGUCCAAAUUAAAGAACAUAAGUCAGUGAUAUAAACAAUUUACUGGAAUCAAGAUAAUAUCUACUGUUUUCAUUCAAUAUCUGUCAAAAUGUAGAUUAACCUGCCUGUGUAUAACUUAGUUUCAUCUUCUAUGAAACAUACCCAUGCUAAUUUACUCCAAUAAAUAUAUCUUAUAAUUA